AUGAAGCCGAGAUAGGCGGGGAGGCCGGUUUGGCGGCUGUCUCCGAACAAGCGGGGAGCGCUGGCGAAGAUGCGGUAAAAUACGGUAAAGGAGGACGGCCGGCGACUGCAGUUCCGUACGCAUUCGCGACAUUUUGGGCACUCUAAGGGGGAGCGCGGGGGGGGGGGGGAGGAAAGGAUCUACUCGAAUAGCACAGAAGGUGGUUCCCAACAAAAGAACAUUUUCUAAGGAGAACAAAAAGCCAAGUCUUCCUCCUUUAAGAAUAAGGAGCUGGGAAAUUUCCAGUGAAGAUGUUUAGUUGAUGACGGUUCUCAAGUAACUGAGUUCAGCUAUAUGCAAAGUUUGUAGGGAAACGCGCAGCGAUACAGUCGCUAGCUAUUUCACUGUAUCUGGAUGUAUUGAGAACAACCGAGCUGCAGUUUUCGACUUUGCUCACCAAGGUCAGACAGCUAGGACGUCGCCUGGGAUCCGCGAAUUCAACCUCACCCGCAAGACUUCGUUCUCCAACAGCAGCGACAAAGUCCGCAUUUCUAGUUUCGACUAAUGGGGGUGUGGUGCGUUCUCAUGGAAAUAAGGCGUCCAGUGCCGCCCUAGUACGUCAUUAAAACGCGACACGCGCCAGUCCUGAUUAGUAUGGCUGAGGCUGUAGUGUCUGGUAAAGAGGAUGGUCUUUUGCCCAUUGUGUCUUCCCCGUCUUCCGUGGAGUCUUCCGUCGUUGCGAUAGAAGUGACGGAACGCCAGGAAAAAGAACCAGCCGACAUCAAAGAGGAAGUACAGAUUGUAGAGAUAAAAUGCAAAGAAACAUGUGAAUUGAUCCCUGGAGAGUUAGAGGACUCUACAUUACAAUCUAUAGCAGCCAAGAAAAUAAAAAUAGAGAUAAAGGAGAAAAAAGAUAAAAAAAAUAAAGUUGAUGAAGAUGAGAUUCAAAAAAUGCAAAUUCUGGUUUCCUCUUUUUCUGAAGAACAGCUAAAUCGUUAUGAGAUGUAUCGACGAUCAGCUUUCCCUAAAGCUGCUAUUAAACGGCUGAUACAGUCCAUUACUGGAACCUCCGUGUCUCAGAACGUUGUUAUUGCCAUGUCAGGAAUUUCUAAAGUCUUCGUUGGAGAAGUAGUUGAAGAGGCGUUAGAUGUAUGUGAAAAGUGGGGAGAAUCACCACCUCUGCAACCCAAGCAUUUGCGUGAAGCAGUCAGACGAUUGAAAUCACGAGGACAGAUUCCAAAUUCCAAAUAUAAAAAAAUUCUUUACCACUGAAGAGGAAGCGAAAAAAGUAUCUUAAGUGGAUUGGAGAUGUCUUCACUGAAAUGAAAAAGACUUCUAAGAUUUUCUGAUGUUCAGCUAACUUAAAACCGUCACGCUCUGCAAAAUUAAGAUAUUCAAUAAGUCCAAGUGUGUAAUGAUAAGACUAUAUUGCAAAUAUAUUGUGCUAAAUAUAAAAACAUUUUUAAGUAGGCAAAAUAAGAAAUAUUGAUGUAAUAAGAUUACAGGAAACUUGUGAAACAUAGUUUCGUUUAAAAGGAUUUUUUUAAAAAAAUGUGUUAUGGGUAGGCCUUGGAUAAUGGCCAUUCAGUAACUAUUUGAAUUUACUACACUGCUGAAAAAAUGGACUUAAAACCAGCAUUACAUUUAUGACCUUCACAGUGUCCCUAUGGUCAUGGAAUCAAAAUUUGGAUGCUUGGUGACUAGCUCACAUUGACAACCAUCGUAGUUCCCUGAGGUCACCUUCUCUUGCCUUGUGUGAACAGCCUCUGCUUCAGGUCUCCUCACUUGCCUAUCUCCCCCCAUCUCUUUCCUUCAGGCUGCCCUAGACACUGUCCAAGAUGAAGACGUCACUGUACUCCAGUGUCCCCACCCGCAGCUGAUCUGGGUCUUCUUUGCUCUCCUCCCCUGGGCUUGCUGGCCCCAAGCCCCACUGCACAGGGGCUCUGACAGCACUGGGCUCACCUCUGCCCUCUUGCUUACCCUGCACUGCAUGGCCAAGAUAAAGAUGCUGCUUAUUCUGCCAUUGCCCCUUGCUGCUGCCCCAUCCCUGGUGCUAUGGCCUUGAAGCCAGCCAUCCGCAGCCAGCCCAGGGGAGGAGAACGGUUAGCAGAGAGUGGCUGAAUAUAACAUCUUCAUCUUGACUAUGCUGUACAAGGUGAAGCAGAGAAGGGGAAGACAGAGGCAGAUUGAAGCAAGACACAGCUUGAACAGGACAAUUGGCUUCUGGCUGAGUGAUCCCCUGAAAGUGUCCUUUGGCUUGGAAGAAUCAAGGCCUGGGACUGGCAGGGACUAAUCUGAGAAUAGUUUGGAUCAUGGUGGGAGUUGAUGGGGGAUGUGAUCACCAUUUGUGACCUUCCCUUUUGGCUUCUGACAAGCAAAGUCAAUGGAGAAGCUGGCAGGAAGACCCAAGUCAUAGUCACAAACCUUUGCUUAACAACCACUGUCACUGCCAUUGUUAAGCAGCACUGCCACAUGAUGCUUUGCUUACUGUCCUCUGCUUAGCAAAAAAAAAAAAAUCCAGUCCCAGUACGGGUUGUUACCUGAGGACUAUUGGUAUUGCAGGUACCAUUACAUCUGUUGACAACUAUAUCCAGCAUAGUAAUUAUAGUUAUUUUUCUUCUUAAUCCUAAUGUUUAAGUUUGCAUUGAUCUCUCAGUUUAAACAAAUGUGGAAUUCGUUAAUUAUUACAGCAAGGUCAAGGAAACAUGUGCCGUAUACUUGUAAAGAAUUACCAAAACCAUUGUACAUUGACAUGUGCAUUAUAAAGCUAAUGUUAAACUUAAAACUUGCCAUUUUAAUAAGUCCCUUAAGUGUUUGUGACAAGUUCAUAAAUGUUUACAAGGUGUAUUAAUUGCAAUUAUCAAUACAAAUAAAUUAAUAUAAAUAGAAUCUUAGAAACCUAAGCCUGAGAAAUCAGUGGAAAUAGAAGGUAAGCAUUUUAAUACACAAUGUUUAAAAGUGGUUCAUAGAACCAGUAUUGUCAAGAGAAAAUUAUAUUGUGUGAGAAAGAGAUCCAAUAUACCUAAGGCUUAGAUUUCAAGUCAGACUUGUACCACAUAUUGUCUAUUCCCAUACACUCACUCUCCUGUUUGAAAUUACAGUAGUAGUUAUACAGAGCUUUAAAAUUAAUUUUUUGAUAUGACAUUAUAAAGAGUUUAGUUCUUCACAUUUACAUAUAAAUACAGCACUGAAGAAAGGAAAACAUUUUCA